AUGGCUCGUCGGUUUUUUCGCCUUCAAUUGCGCUGGCUUGCUAACGCCUAUGAAUUGAAUGACAGAAAAAUAACGAAGGAUUGCAUUCGUGGAAUUAUGAAGGUUGAUGAUAGCCGCCUCGCCCGGCGUGGAGGUGUUAAACGAAUAUCAGCCAGCAUUUAUGACGAGAUCCGAGCGGCAUUGAAAGCGCGUCUGGAAAUGAUCUUGCGUGACUGCGUCACGUAUACGGAAUACAGAAAUGCAAAGACAGUGACAGUCCACGAUGUAGUGAUCUUCGCACUGAGACGUAUUGGAAAGCCUAUUUACGGCUUCGAUCCAGAAACUUGGACACCCCCGAAGAAGAAGCAACAGGUCAACAAUCCGGAUGGAGAUGACGAUGAGUGA